AUGGAUCCAACCAAGUUUGAAACUGAUCUCAUCCCUGAUAGGAAUGUCGACACUUUCUAUAAUAGAACUUUUGAUUGGCAAUCUUAUGCUGAGAAAUGUGGAGUGUAUCCAUGUACAGACCAACGCCUUUUUAGACAUGUAGAUUUUGUAGAGCAAACUGUUCUCGAACGGAUAUGUUCAGAUCAUGUGCAUAUUAUAGUUUAUACAGGAGGAGAUCAUAGAGUAGCGAAAGUUUUAUCUUGUGUUGGUGGAAAUGUCUUGGUCGAAUUCGUAGAGAAACCUUACGAUAGUCUUUGGUUAACAGUGCGUGAUGUUGUUACCAAGAGAGAUGUCUAUGAAAAGUUUGUUUCAAAUAUGUCCGAUCAAGAUGCAAAGAAAUACCCUUUGCUGAGCAUAGAAGUUUUAGAACAAUAUCAAAAUCAAUUACCUGUAAAAUUAAAUGAUCUCAUUCAAAUAGGACAAUUUUUCGAAGUUCAAGACCCUAGCUGCCCAAACAUUGUUAGUUUCGGUGAAGUGAAAGCCAACAUGGGGGGCCUCAUUCUGUUCCAAUAUUUUGGGACUGAUAGAGUAGGAUCUAUACAUAUUUUGGAUCCUUUCUGCCACGAAGUAGGAUGGAAGGAAACUCACAAAUCUGAACAAACUGCCAAAUAUCACGAACGGUAUGCUCUUCAAGAUUUGUGGCGAUGUCGUCAGAACCCUCUAUGCCCACUACUAUUUGACAAAAUCCGAUUAAAAGAGCACAAUGUCUCUGUUGGGAUGAUUCUAGAAGUGCGUGAUCAAGGAAUGGGUCGAGGCUUCUUCCCAGGUCAUGUUAGUAAAAUCUUGAGUCCUUACUUCUUCGAAGUUAAAACUCGAAGUCUGGAUAACGAAGACAUUAUAACUUUGGUAGCACAUUCAAAUUCUGAUUAUAUCUUCCCCGUGGGUUAUUCGGAAAAAAAUAAAUACUGUUUGAUCCCCUUGAAAUGGGAUGAUUUUGAAAGUUUGUCAUAUGAUGAUACCUUCUGGGAGAAUUAUGCUAGAAGCGAUGAUAUUAUCGAUGUCCGACAUAAAUUGACUGAUGCCCAUCUAUGUUCCCCGUGCCCACGACCCCGAAUUCAUCCCUUUCAAUAUGUUGAAGUUUUCUGCCAUAUGAGGGGAUGCAUGUUCUCGGCAUUAAUCACAGCUGCAACUGAUCGUUGUAUCUGGGUUCUCCCUGGUCAGGAAUCCAACACAUGCUGUACCCGUUGUUACUCCAUUGGGUCCCUGUCGAUUUUUCCAUGUGGUUACGCAGCUAGAUAUAACAUCCCACUCGUGGGUGAAGCAAUCGUUCCAACUUUACGAGCAACUACUGAUAGGUUCAAUUUGAGCAAAUAUUAUAGCCCCACGCCGGGCGCUGUGUUUAGCAAACGUAAAGGAGUUCGUAGUCGGUUUUUCUUAUCUCGAGUGUGGUUAACAGGAGAUCACUGGAUGCCCGUUGUGUACAUAAAUUUGGGCUGUUAUCAUGCUCGAUAUCCAACAUUUGAGAGCUAUCGGAAGCAAUCUUAUCCAAGUGGUCCUAUGUUUUCGAUAAUCCAAAUGAUAGCUAUGGAUUUCUACAGUUCAGUUUGUGUCAGUUUUCGCCAGGAGCUUAGAGAAUUGUUCAACUGCUCUUCUGAUGUUCCGAAUGUGGUAGCGAAAUAUCGCUGGAGAAGUGAACACACUUUGUUGAGAGUUCCUGUUUGCGAGCAAGUGGCCCAGUUUCCAGCCUGGCUUAUGAUUCUGUUGAGAGCUCUCGGAUGUUGCCCCAACUUUUUAAGUUUGAAAAAAGUUUCCGUUUGUGCGGGACACUGUCAAAUGAAUCACGUAAUGGACAUUGGUUUGAAGAGUAGAGCAAUAAAUGCCCCUGGCCCUCGUACCAUCGAAGAAGCUCAAAAUUUGUAUUCGCGGCACGUAGCAGAUCGAUAUAACUUCAUUCAAAAAGCUGCAGAUGAGCCGCCGUUAUUGAACUUGAUGGAAUCUCAAGUAAUGGAGGAGGAUAAGCCAGUUUUGUAG